AUGGAAAGUGCAAUAUCCUCCUUUAACUGUGAAUUGUGUAACAAACGUUUUUCCCAGAAAUCAACACGCAAUCGUCAUGUUAGAGAACAACAUUUACAACCAGGUUUAUACCAGUGCAAACAUUGUGGAUUAAGAUUUUCCAAAAAAUACAAUCUACAAAUGCAUUUAAAAAAUGUGCACACCAAAAAACUUAAGACUAAUAUUAAACAAUUAAAAUGUAUAUAUUGCAAGGAAAUAUUUAUAAAAUUGGCAAAUUUAGAAAGCCACAUUAAAGAGCAGCAUGAAAGUGUAAAUGAUAAAAUAAGUGAAUCUUCAAACCUCUAUGAGGCAGAUGUUUUCGAAUCAGAUGCUCAGGCUGUAGCAGAGCUUGUUUUAAAAGAACUUAAACAAUUACAAAAAGACAUACAACCAACUGGGCCAGAUAAGGUGCCAGAACUAACAGCUAAUAAACCGACCACAGUGAAGUAUAAAAUUAUUAAAGAUAAUUUAUAUCCCUCGGGUCAUUUUACACAAUUAAAAGUGAAAACAAUUAAUUAUGCAAAUGGUUCAACAUAUUUAGUAUGUGAAUUUUGUGGUAAAGAAUUUAAUAAGCGUUACAAUUUUUUAAGACACCUAAGAAUUCACACCAAAAUACGGCCCUUUAUAUGUGUUUUAUGUAAAAAACUAUUUGCCACUACAGCCCAGUUAAAAACCCAUUGCUCCAUACACAAAUUGCAUGACAAAUUUGGACUCUUUCGUAAAUUGUAUAAAUGUCCACAAUGUAAUGAAGGCUUUACAGCCAGGCAACAACUAGAUAAACAUUUAAGUUCAUCUAUAUCUUGCUGUAAAGUCAAAUUUAAAUGCCCACAAUGUUUAAAAUCCUAUAAAACACUAAAAAGGCUUUUAAGCCAUAAACAUUCUGAAAAAGAUAAUGAAUUAGAUUUGCUUAAGAAAAUAUUGCCCGCACCUUUAACUGUGGCAGAUGUUGAAAAUGAUUUGUACGAAUGUAAUUUGUGUGGCUUGCAAUUAAACGGUAGAAUGUUAUUGAAACAACAUGAAAAAAGGCAUGCAAAUUUAUUUAAACAUCAAUGUACUGAAUGUUCAGGUACUUAUGCCACGCAAGCGGCUUUAAAAAUACACAUGAAAGCACACUUGAAGCGGACACAUUUUAAAUGCCACUAUUGCUCGAAAACAUUUAAAACUGCUCAAAAUUGCCGUAGCCAUAUGAUGACUCAUUUAAAGUUAUUGAUAAAAACUCAUGCAGCAUUAAAUGAUCAAAACGAUAGCUUGGUCGCAUAUCCAACAUUUAUAGAAAACGAAGCAAAUGUUCAAAUACAAAUCACAGAUACGGCUAUAAUCAAAACUAACAAAAAAUGUGCAACACCUCCAGAUCAGGGAAGUAAAGGAAGAAAUACAUUAAAAUAUAAAUGUUCAGAAUGUAAUAAAUUAUUUCGUUAUAAUGCCUGGUUGAAGAAACAUUUUCAAUAUAAACACACCACCGAACUAACUCACGAGUGCAAUAAAUGUUUGCGCAAGUUUCGUACUAAACAAUCUUUAAAUAAUCAUCAGCUUGUGCAUUUAACACAACGUGUUAAACUUACCUGUCAAGUUUGUGCACGACAAUAUGCCUCUAGUAAAUCUUUAAAACUGCACUUGAGAAUUCAUACCCAAGAGAAACCAUUUGUCUGUGACAAAUGUCCAAAACUAUUUCGUACUUCUGGUCACCUGAUACAGCAUCGAAAAUCAAAUCAUAACGAAUAAAGGUAAUAAUGAUGUUUAAAUAUAUUUUUAUUGUUUAAAAUAAUAUAUACAUUACUUUUGAUUUCACUACAUAGAUUAAUAACUAU